AUGGUGAAGAGACCAAAGAAGAGUUGGAAGGAGAGGGAAAAGGAAGAGGAGGAGGAGGUGCUAGUGAUAGAAGGGAUUGAGUUUGAGAGGGAGUUGGGUGUGAAAUUUGAUGUGUAUAUUAACGACAAAGACGAUGUGGUAGGUGGGCCAAGUAAGGCUGAGUUUGCAGGGAGCUUUGUGAGUGUGGCUCAUAAAGAUAAGCACAAAUAUAAGAAGAUGAAGGCGGACUUAAGACUCGGGAUAAGUGAGUUAUUGGAGGAUUUGGGUGCUGAAGAUGAUGAACAUGUGUUGGUGACUCUGGUGCCCAAGUUUGGGAAAUGGCAUGUCACCGUUGGAGGGAUCACAGUAGAGGAGUUUCACAAGUGA